AUGGCUAUGGCUUUUCGAGCUCGCUCAGCGGCGCUGAUGCGUCGGGGCCGCUUCCACUCAUUCGGGGGUCGGAGUCGCGGUCUGGCAACUGUUACAGAUAAUACGCAACCGUACGACGUCGUUGUCAUUGGAGGUGGCCAUGCCGGUUCUGAGGCAUGCGCUGCUGCUGCUCGGUCUGGUGCGCGCACCGCGUUGGUCACACCCUCCCUCUCGAACAUUGGCGUCUGCUCGUGCAAUCCCAGUUUCGGUGGAAUUGGCAAAGGAACGAUGAUUCGAGAGGUGGAUGCGAUGGACGGUGUCGCUGGUCGCAUUAUCGAUAAGGCUGGUGUCAUGUUUCGCGUCUUGAACCGCUCUAAGGGUCCCGCUGUUUGGGGCCCGCGUGCGCAGAUUGACCGUGAUCUCUACAAGCGGUACAUGUCGGAGGAGUUGGCUGGAACAAAGAAUCUGAACAUUGUCGAGGGAAAGGUGGCCGAUAUUGUGGUUUCAACCGAAGGAGUUGAGAAUACCCCCGGUGCUCAGGGCAAGAUUGUUGGUGUGCGAUUGGAGUCUGGAGAGGUCAUUCCCACUGGCCGUGUGGUCAUCACAACGGGCACAUUCUUGGGCGGUGAAAUUCAUAUUGGAAUGGAUGUGUUCCCCUCCGGGCGCAUGGGCGAAGCUCCCACAUACGGCCUGAGCAAGUCUCUCCGCGACGCUGGCUUCCAACUGGGUCGCUUGAAGACCGGGACGCCGCCUCGACUGGAUGGUAAGACAAUUGAUUACCGCGGCCUCGAAGUGCAAAAGGGUGACUCGCCACCUCAUCCAUUCUCAUAUUUGAACAAAACUGUCGACGUGGGCGACGAGGGCCAGCUUACUUGCUGGAUGACACAUACAAACGAGGCGGUUCACGAUAUCAUCCGCGCCAACCUGGACAAAUCCAUUCAUAUCAGGGAGACAGUUCGCGGACCUCGCUACUGCCCUUCGCUGGAAUCAAAGAUCAUUCGAUUCAAGGACAAAACCCAACACCAAAUUUGGCUUGAGCCUGAGGGAUUCGCACCCAACGAUGUCAUUUACCCGAAUGGUAUCUCAAUGACCGUGCCCGCGGAUGCACAAUAUGCAAUGCUUCGCGCCGUCCGCGGUCUCGAGAACGUAACCAUGCUCCAGCCAGGCUACGGAGUCGAAUACGACUACAUCGACCCACGCAACCUCCGGCCAACCCUGGAGACAAAACUGAUCAGUGGUCUCUAUUUGGCUGGACAGAUUAACGGCACAACCGGCUACGAAGAAGCAGCCGGACAAGGCAUCAUCGCCGGCAUGAACGCUGGCCUGGAAGCACAAAGCCGAAACCCCCUAACCCUCACCCGAUCAGACGGCUUCAUCGGCAUCAUGAUCGACGACCUCAUCACAAAGGGCGUGUCCGAACCAUACCGGAUGUUCACAACGAGAAGUGAAUACCGUAUCUCAACACGCUCCGACAACGCAGACCUGCGCCUGACGCGCAUGGCCCGCGACGCAGGUGUCGUCUCCGACAAGCGCUGGAGCCACUUCUCGGAUACAGAAGCGCAGAUCCAGGAACUACAAACCCUCCUCGCUAAUACAAAGCUUUCAUCUUCCGCGUGGUCUCGCAAGGGUUUCAAGGUCCGGGAUGAUACCUCCAUCCGCUCAGGACUUGAUCUCCUGGUCCUCGACAACAUUGACAUCGACUCUCUAAUCCCAAUCAUGGAGUCUGCUUCCGGAACGACGUACACUGCCGCCUCAUUCGCACCGGAGAUUCGCACCCGCGUCGCCAUCGAAGGCCGAUAUGCGCCUUACCUGAAGCGCCAGGAGAAGAUGGCCAUGCGCUUCCAGAAGGAUGAGAACUUACUUCUGGCCCCUGAUCUGGAUUACAGUCAGGUUACCGGCAUUAGCAAUGAGGAGCGACAGGUGCUUGAACGCGUGCGUCCUGUUAGUGUUGGUAUGGCGAAGCGCAUUGAGGGCGUUACGCCUGUUGGUGCGCUGAGGUUGCUGAUGCAUGUGAGAAAGAACCGUGGUUUUGUCAAGGAAAUGGAUGGCGAAGACUCUGCUGUUGCUGAUGUGCUUGCCUCGUCGCCAUAG